AUGAGCUCGGCAAAGAAGACGCAGGGCGCCGCAGGCAAGCAGCAGAAGGUGACCCUGAAGCAAAUCAAGAAGGAGCAGAAGCAGGCCCGACUGGAGGCGAAGCUGCAGGCGAGCACGUCGGAUGUGGCAGAUCUGUGCGCGGCUUUUGAAGGCGUUCGGGUGCAGGAAAAAGCCAAGUCUGAGCAGCGGCUGACGAAGCGCGAGCUGAAGAGAAGCGCCAUCCUGAGGAACUACCAUCUGUCUGACGACGUGAUCGACGGAGCCAUGGCGCUGAUCAGGACCCAGUUUCCGGAGCUGGGCUGCCUGUACGCCAGCGGGGCAGUGAUGUUCCUGGAGCCGCUGGCCUUCCCGCGGGCGCCCCGCUUCAUCCAGAUCGUGAACAGGGACACCGCCAUGAGUCUGACCGAUAUGCACGCCUACCGCUCCACCGGCGGAAGCCACUGGUUCACCAUCUCCAACGUGUUCGCCAGCAGGCCGCAGGAGGUGGUGGUGUACGACUCGUUGUACGACGACGUGUCUCCGUCGACGAAGGCGCUGCUGCGGCAGCUGUACUUCCUGCACGGCGACGCGCAGGUCCGCUUCGAGCGCGUGCACGAGCAGACGGACGGCACCAGCUGCGGCAGGUGGGCCAUCGCCUUCGCCUUCGACCUGGCCCUGGGCCUCAACCCGCGGGACGCAGCUUACGAUGUGGCCAGGAUGGGCGGCCAUCUGCUGGCCGCCCUCGAGGGCUCCCAGACCGCCCUUUUUCACGAGGCUCUCAGCAACGACGGGUCUCUGCAGUCCUCCGUGGGCGUGUCCGGCGCCAUGUCCGACUUGGAGCUGGUCUACCUGCGGCGCCACCCGACCCCCGCCCCGCCCACCAUCGUCCUCAGCGCCAGGGACAAGAGGUCGGGUUCCGCGGCCCGACUGAGUUACUUCUUCAGCGCCUUCGGCAGAAACUACAACCUGAAACUGGAGAAAAUGUCGCACCUCGUCUCCCCCGGCGCCAAGAUGACGGUCGUGGGUCCCCGAGGGGGCGUGUCCGUCGCCGCCAUUUCGCCCGCCACCUGCCACUACAUCCACGUGGACGACGACAUCACGGCUGCCCUCAAUGCCUGCAAACCUGGCACCAUUGCAGGAUACAUCGUCAGCCGCGACGUGACCCUGGAAGUGCGCCCCUUAGGCAAGCGGGCGACGGGGGAGCUCCACCACGCCUUCAGGAAACGGGGGGCGUGGCCAUCCUCCGCCCACAGGGGCAUCCCCCACGUGGUCAGGAGGAUGGCGAAGGAUUCCCAGGCGAGGCCGAAACCCACGCAUAUGGAGCUGGAGAUCCCACCGCCGUCGUGUUCGGAGCCGAUCAGCAACGCCACGCCAGACGACUUGGAGUUCGGCCAAGGAGAACUCUUCACCAUUCCGCCGUCGGAGACCACGCCUAUGACCCCCGCCCUCGACCUGCCGGGGUCCACGCCCAUCGCCGGACCCAACGACCCCCCGCCCACCGUGCCCCCGGGACGACCCAUAGAGGAGGACCCUGAGGGCGUGUUCCUCCCCCCCUUUCCCUUCAAGAGGAACCUAGGGCGAGGAGGAGACCCGUUGAGUGACAGGGAACCUAAACCGAUGGAAGGAUUUCACCGGGAGCCGAAACCCGUGAAUUUUGACUCCACGCCAAGCCCUCCUGGGGACCGGGAACCGAAACCGAUGCAAGGGUUCGACCGGGAACCGAGACCGAUGAACCGGGUUGUCAGAGGACCGCCGGGAAUGGACCGGGAACCCAAGCCUAUGCAAGGAAUCGACCGGGAACCGAAGCCCAUGAGAGAACCGGGACAAGAACCAGCAUUACCCGAAGCAGAGCUGAACCGGGAACCGAAACCGAUGCAAGGGUUCGACCGGGAACCGAGACCGAUGAACCGGGAUGUGAGAGGACAGCCGGGAAUGGACCGGGAACCCAAGCCUAUGCAAGGAAUGGACCGGGAACCGAAGCCCAUGAGAGAACCGGGACAAGGACCAGAGUUACCCGAAUCAGAGCUGAACCGGGAACCGAAACCGAUGCAAGGUUUCGACCGGGAACCGAGACCGAUGAAUCGGGUUCUCAGAGGACUACCGGGAAUGGACCGGGAACCCAAGCCUAUGCAAGGAAUCGACCGGGAACCGAAGCCCAUGAGAGAACCGGGACAAGAACCAGUAUUGCCCGAAGCAGAACUGAACCGGGAACCAAAACCAAUGCAAGGGUUCGACCGGGAACCGAGACCAAUGAACCGGGUUGUGAGAGGUCCUCCAGGCAUGGACCGGGAACCGAAACCUAUGCAAGGAAUCGACCGGGAACCGAAGCCCAUGAGAGAACCGGGACAAGAACCAGUAUUGCCCGAAACAGAGCUGAACCGGGAACCGAAACCGAUGCAAGGGUUCGACCGGGAACCGAGACCGAUGAACUGGGUUGUUAGGGGACCACCGGGCAUGGACCGGGAACCCAAGCCUAUGCAGGGGAUCGACCGGGAACCGAAGCCCAUGAGAGAACCGGGACAAGGACCAGCAUUACCUGAAACAGAGCUGAACCGGGAACCAAAGCCGAUGCAAGGGUUCGACCGGGAACCGAGACCGAUGAACCGGGUUGUGAGAGGUCCUCCAGGCAUGGACCGGGAACCGAAACCUAUGCAAGGAAUAGACCGGGAACCAAAGCCCAUGAGAGAACCGGGACAAGGACCAGCAUUACCCGAAACAGAGCUGAACCGGGAACCGAAGCCGAUGCAAGGGUUCGACCGGGAACCGCGGGUGACGCCCACGAAGCGCAACGCAGGAAAAACCGUGGAAUUGGGCGUGUUUGUAGACCAGGCCGCCCACGACCUGUUUCUGCCUUACUUCGGGUCGCAGGCCGCCCUUACCGAUGUCGUCCUCGGCUACGUAAAUGGGAUCCAGGCCCUCUUCCACCACCCGUCCCUCGGCCAGAAGAUCCACCUGGUCAUCAACCACAUCGAGGUCAUGGCCGAGCAGCCCUCCACCCUCCCCCACUACGGCGGCGACCGAGAGAAUUCCAGACUGAACUUCUAUAGUGUUCAUAAGAAGGACGGCCGAACAUCCUACUCUACAAUGGGCCUAGCUGCCGUGAGGGGCGUGUGCCAUCCGGGCUACAGCGCCGUCAUCGUGGAACUGGGUGCCACCGACACCUGGGGCAAACCGUACCCGUCGGCUGGGUUCGCCUCCGUCUACGUCAUGGCUCAUGAGAUGGGUCACAACCUGGGCAUGCUCCACGACGGCUACGGGAACGCCUGCCCCAAGAACGGCUUCGUGAUGUCGGCGUCGCGCUCCACUAGCGGCGAAACCAACUGGUCGUCCUGCUCGCGGGAGGUCGUCGAGACGCUGUCCGCCCCCUGCUUGAACGACAACCCCCCCGAAAUCCCCAAGCACGACCACUCCGUCUACGACCAGCUGCCCGGACAGACCUGGGACGCCUACGACCAGUGCCGGGUCUUCCUGAGGGAUAACGACGCUACACUCUAUAACGAGUCGUUGGCGCAGUUACACAGCGUCUGUAACACCGUCAUGUGCCGGAGUCCGCACAGAAUCGGUUACUUCAAGGCCGGACCUGCUUUAGAUGGAACUUACUGCGGCGCCGAGAGUUGGUGCGUUGCAGGCUCUUGCACGCCUUGGCCGCCCAGCAAAGCCCCGGAUGUGGUUCUGGGUGGGUGGAGUCCCUGGCAGCACACCGGCUGUGAAUCCGGCUGCAUCCAUAAUUCGACGGGCGUGCAGAUGUCGAAACGGGCGUGUUCGAAUCCCAAGCCGCGGAACACAGAAAGGAUGUGUUUGGGAGUGGACACGACUGUGAACCUUUGCGACGAUUCUACGGUCUGUCAUGGAGCCAGGGUGUCCAUCACGGAAUUCGCUGACAGGAAGUGUGAUGAAUUUUCAAAUGUGGUUCCUGAUCUCAAGCCCAUUGGUGCUAUGGCGCCUCAUAACCCGGAGCGGAAGUGGCAGGCGUGCGCCGUGUUCUGCCAGCGUUCCUCCGGCACCUGGUACUCUCCCCGCACCGACCUGAGCCAUCUGCCACACUUUGACACCUACUUCCCCGAUGGCACUCUCUGCCACGAGGACGCCCAGCACAAGUAUUACUGCCAGCGCCAUCAGUGUUUGCCCAAGGGCGUCCGACAAGCCAAAGAGCUCCACGAACCUGAUCCGGAGUGGGACGUCCACGUGUACCAGAAUGCGCCGCCCCGACCCUCCAACAACACGGUUCCUGAAGAGGUGGCCAAGAUCUUCGAACUCAGUCAGAACAUGGAUCCGCUUAUGUCGGAGCCUCUGGAUCUGUAUCACGUGGACGACGAAGAACUCUGGAUUGAUGACGACUACUUGCAUGUGUAAAGGCCGAAGAUACACUUGCAAUGGGGUCAAAUGUUGCAAGGGGAAAGGCGUCAGAAUUGUAGGUGUGUGUGUGUGUGUGUGUGUGUGUGUGUGUACGAGGUGGGAGUUUGUUUAUUUGGGAGUGUGGUUAAGGAGGAAGGAGGAAAAGAGGAAGAGAGAGAGAGAGAGAGAGAGAGAGAGAGAGAGAGAGAGAGAGAGAGAGAGAGAGAGAGAGAGAGAGAGAGAGAGAGAGAGAGAGAGAGAGAGAGAGAGAGAGAGAGAGAGAGAGAGAGAGAGAUUGAAAGGAGGGCGUGACUUGUAGCGAAUGAAGGUGCACUUGCAAUGCUUUAAUGUUGCAAGUGCGGGUAUGAUUGGCCAGGAUUGUAGGCUUUAGGAGAAGAAGGGGAAUCUUGUUAGUAGAAAUGUAGGAGUGUAAGUAUAUUCGCCGAGUAAGUUGUAAGUUGUAAGUUGUGAGUGUCUUUCGGUAGAGAGGCAGAUAAAUUUACAAGGCAAGGCAUUUUUCUCUGUCUGUCUGUCUGUUUGUCUGUCUGUCUUUCUGUUUCUCUGUCUGUCUGUCUGUCUGU